AUGCAGCUUCGAUGCGACACUGCCUCCUGUAACGACACAUUCAAUCAUCUGGCAUCUGUCCUAGAUCUCGACCAACACACGCUUUUGCACGACGAGGAAUUGAGCUAUUUUAGCCGUCGGCUUUGGUUUGUGCCAUUGAUUGACGCAGAUUCACUUCUACUGAAUAUUGAGUCUUUAGAGAAGUACUACAUUCCGGGACAUUACAUCAGGCCCCUUCCCUUGGGUGCACCAGGCACGCGACCCAUGCAUUGUGUCAACGGGUGGGCUGAGCACACCACUCGCCAUUACAAUGACGAACACUCCGAACCCGGUUCUUACUACUCUUACGAGGAUCUCGAAGACUGCUUCGAUAGCGAAGAAGACGAUUCUGACGCUGAAGCAGAUGGAGUUGGGAUAAUUGAGGUCGAGAACGAGUCGGUAGAGGACGGAUAUAGCUCUGCAGAUGAUCCUAUGUCGGAGUAG